AUGCUCAAACAGCUAGCACCCAGUCCGAUGAUUCAUAUGACUAUCCUAAUUUGGGUGAAGACGGCGGCUCAGGAUCCCCUCAUGAAUGGAGGAUAUGUCAACCCGCCUCGAGUAAAGCGCCAAUUCCGAGAUCCCCAUGGCGACUGGUGGGACAAGCAGGAGCGUCGAAACUAUGGAGAGCCUGUCCAUGAAGACAAUGAUAUCCUCGGCAUGUUCUCGGUUUAUGAAUAUACGUACACGACACCAGGAAAGGCAAUAUUCCAGAUUGGCUGCUUCGUGGCUACUGUCUUCGCACUUUCCGGCGUCGUUAUGCUAUCUUACCCAGAUAAACCAUCUGCACCAAGGGAGUUUGAAGGAGGACUUGAGAAGGAACUGGGUGGACCACUUGCAGUACGGGCCAGGGCACCUGGUGACGAUCAUUGA